CCGCAACACCGUGCCACACCUUCUGCCUGCUGCCUUCUGUUGCUGCGAGUUAAUUUGGAUCUUUGUAGCUUCUUUCAAAAGCAUGCCUUCUAUGCUUCUGUCUUGCUGACCGACCUAAUCUUUGCCCCUCAAAUUCAAGCAGCACCGCAUUUGGCACCAUGUCUCUCAAUCUGGAGAAGCAAUUGCUCUUCUAUGGGGCUUACCAUCAUAACAAAGUGAAUGUCGGGAUACACAUCGCCUGUGUACCAGCCAUUCUCAUGACAUUUCUUCUCCUUUUCACGAACACGCCUGCUGUCCCCCUACCCUCGUGGCUUUCCAUCCCUAAUCUCCCGCUAAACAUCGGCACCAUCGGAGCAGUUCUCUAUUCGACUCUGUAUAUCCUCAUGGAGCCUGUAGCCGGAACAAUGAUUGCGCCGUUCAUCAUUGGGGGCACUGCAUACGCCAACCAUCUUACUGCAACCUAUGGGGCGACAGCAAACUAUUGGGCUGGGGGCGUGAACGUAGUGUGCUGGAUUGCACAAUUUGUGGGCCAUGGCAAGUUUGAAGGCAGAGCACCAGCGCUGCUCGACAACGUCGUGCAGGCCCUCUUUCUUGCGCCGUUCUUCGUAUGGUUCGAAAUCCUAUUCUCCUUGGGAUAUCGACAGGAUCUGAAGCGUCGACUUGACAAGGCAGUGGAACAGGAGAUCCAGAAAUUCAAAGAUAGCAAGAACAAGGGAGAGAAUGGCACCGUGAAUGGGACGAAGAAGACUUUCUAAACGCGCUUAAACAUGUUGCUUGGAGAGAACAUGGCAUGUUGGAUUAACCCUAAUCACUGACGAUAAUAUUGGCAGGGGCUAAGUAUGCACAUCAAAGGGUGGAAGUAUGGGCUGUGUGCAAUGAUGCAACUGCUGUGGAUGAACUUGUUGAGGGAGUAGUGCCAACACCUCCACGAAAACCUCCACAGACGUGAAGUUGUUUGAUAUCAGAGGGAAUUGCAGGUUGUUGUGGGCUCAACGAAGGGCUGGCGAUAUAAUAGAAUUCCAGAGGAGCACACGUUCUCUUCGUAGAUACACCAUCGAUCAAUCGAAUCAUACCGGAUGAAUGAC